UUAUAAAACGGAUACGUUUGAAUACUUAUUUACCAUAUUUACUAGUUGGUCAACUUCGAUCAUUUUACUUGAUGUAGUUUUCCUAUUAACCUUUGAAUAAGACCUGAAGAAUAAAACAUUUGGUUUUUUACACAGUCGGUAACUCAUCUGUUGAUAACAAUUUUCAACUGAUUAAUUAAUAGCAGCUUUCUGUGAGUAGAUGGUACCGCUGUAUUUUGAUUAUAGAGAUCUUAAAUCUACACCAUAGUUUUGGGAGAUUUUUAAUCGUCAAUAACUUGAAAGCAAAGUUGAAAUCAUAAGUUACUUUCGAUUUUUAUUUUACCAUGACUUGUACAAUCACUCCCUAAAAUAUAUAUUACACGUAGUUAAACAUUAGGUAUAUUUAUAUAUUUUCAUAAGAAUGAAAGAUCAUUGAAGAGAUGUGAUUUUUGUGAGACAAAUUUUGAUUUCGCUUAAAUUUAAUUAAUAAGUGACUUCAAUUGCUUGGCAAGAAGAGUACAAUUAUCUGUCAGCAUGUGUUAAUUGUUGAUAUUUAUUUGAAAUAUUGUCAUGUCUAAAUAUUUACAAUGACAAAAAGUUGACAUAUCUUCACAAAGUUUUCUGUUGAAAGUUUGAAAAACAAUAAUCAAACAUGAAGCUUGAUGUGUACAAUGAUAUUGUGUCUACAAUACGAAAUUUUCGGGGUUUAUCAAAGGAUUGUCGUGAUGUAUUAAAACAAAAAUACAAAGAUGUUCCAGCAAAUACACUGUAUAGUAUAUUAUCCUUAGAUAUUCAACAUAAGAUGAAAAUCAAUCAUAGCAAAUUGUUUGGUAACAAUAGGAACUAUUACGAUACCUACAUGGAAGCUGUACAAAAUGGUAAACCUGUUGGCAUUUUAUUAAAACUGGCCAAGGAUAUUGGCGCACCCCCUGCAUUAUUAGCUAGGAAUGUUCUGGAAAAACAUUGUGAAAAACAUGAUCCCAAUGUUUCUAGAGAUGAAAUUAGUAAAUUAUUUAAAGACACCACACUGAUCCAGGACAAAGAUCUCUCAUAUGAAGUUUAUUUGUGUGUAUUAUAUGAUAAUUUGUAUGGACCCAUAGCAGAUGCUAUUGGACUGUCAGUUGGUCAGGAAUAUGAGUUAAAACUGCAGAACUAUUUAACAGAGAGAAAUCUUGCAUUUCGUAAUGAAGAACACUUGAGAACAAGAGGGUACGACAAAACACCAGAUUUUAAACUUGAAGUACCAAUUGCUGUAAACGGUUUUGUAAUUAAUUGGAUUGAAUGCAAGGCAAGGUUCGGCAAUAAAGAAAUCCACCACAAAUACAUAAAAACACAAUUUUUAAGUUAUUGGAACAGGUUUGGUCCAGGACUUGUAAUAUAUUGGUUUGGAUAUUUGGAUACCUUAGCCGAACCUAGUGAGAAGCGAUUUAUAAUCAUGGAUCAUUUCCCAGAUAAUAUUACAUACAUGGAUCCCGCUUGUGUCAAACCCACAACUUAAUUCCAUAUGACUUCGCAGAGAUUUAAAUAUUAUGUGAUAUUUGUAUGAUAAGGAAUUAAUAAAUGCAAUACAGUAUUUUUGAUA